GGACUCUCAGUGGUCGAGGCAUUGCGGUGUUGGGAGGGUUGGACUCAGCUCUCUCUUUUUAUCUAUUAAUUUUUUCUUCGGUGUUCGCUUUCGGGUGAGGGCAGUACAGGGGCGAGACCGGACUCGGUACACAGGCAGUACUAAAAACCGGCUUGUGGAUCGCAGUUCCCUGUGAUUUUGGAUUUUCUGGCCUCAAUAUGGCGAGCCACUAUGUUAUCAUGUACACAGCCACGGCGGGGGCCAACGGGCCUUUGCUGGGCACAGAUGAAGAGGAUAUCGUGUUAUUGCAGUUCUUGGUGUGGGACGCCGUGUGCAGAAAGACGGUGACGGAACAACAGUACAUCGUGAGGCCGCCCACGGAAGACAUAAACGAAAAUGUGCUGGGCGAGCAGUGCCGGGAGGACUUCCGCCUGACAGAGGACCAGGUGAAGAAUGGCCAGCCACUCGAGAACGUCAUCGACUCGUUUGACGCCAUUCUGAGCAAGAUAGCGGAGAGCAACACGUCCCGCGUCGCCAUGGUGACGGACGGGCAGCUCCACCUCCGCCAGGUGCUGCAUCCCAAGGCACUCUCCAGAAACUUCACCUUGCCAGACUAUUACAACUCCUUCUACGACCUGCGAAAGGAGUUCAAGUCCUUCUACCACUCGGAGGAUAUGGCGAGCGUCCCUGACAUGCUGAGCUUCCUGGCAAUGGAGGAAGACUCGGCGGAGGAGCUCGCCACUCGCACCGUCAGGGACAUGGGCAGGAUCCUCUCCCGCAUGAUCGCAGACGGACACAGAUUCGUGUUGCCAGAAUCCAUCAUGAUCAGACUAGAGCCCGGCAUCUGCUCUCGGACGGAGGAGGUGGACAGCGGGUGCGUGGUGCGGGCGAGAGGCCUUCCCUGGCAGAGCUCAGACCAGGACAUCGCCAAAUUCUUCAGAGGUCUCAAUAUAGCAAAAGGUGGCGUGGCCCUGUGUCUCAGCCCCCAAGGUCGCAGGAACGGUGAAGCACUGAUUCGCUUUAUCUCUCCCGAGCACCGCGACAUGGCACUCAAGCGACACAAGCACCACAUCGGCAACCGCUACAUCGAGGUGUACAAAGCGACCGGCGAGGACUUCAUCAACGUCGCCGGCGGCAACAACAAUGAGGCCCAGACGUUCCUGUCCCGGGGCGGCCAGGUCAUCAUCAGGAUGCGUGGGCUGCCCUAUGACUGCACUCCUAAGCAAGUGGUGGAGUUCUUCGAGUCAGGCGAGAACGGCUGUCAGAUUCUGGACAAUGAGGACGGCGUGUUGUUCGUUAGGAAACCCGAUGGGCGGGCAACCGGAGACGCCUUCGUGCUGUUCGGCUCGGAGGAGGACAGCACCAAAGCCCUCGCCAAGCAUCGCGAGAUCAUAGGCUCUCGCUACAUCGAACUCUUCCGCUCCACCACGGCCGAGGUGCAGCAGGUGCUGAACCGGUCCAUGGACCCCCGCACAUAUGAACAGCAGCAGCCGCUCAUCGCCCAACUGCCGCAGGUGCCGCUGCUGCCCCAACAGAUUAUCACCUCGGGGACCAGAAAGGACUGUAUUCGUCUGCGAGGUUUGCCUUUCGAGGCCCAAGUGGAGCACAUCCUAGAAUUUCUUGGAGAACUGGCCAAGAGCAUUGUUUACCAGGGCGUGCACAUGGUGUACAAUGCACAGGGUCAGCCAAGCGGUGAGGCAUUCAUCCAAAUGGACAGUGAACACUCAGCAUACCUUGCCUCUCAACAGAGGCACCACCGCUACAUGGUCUUUGGCAAAAAACAGCGGUAUAUUGAAGUGUUUCAGUGCUCAGGAGAAGACAUGAACAUGGUGCUGACUGGUGGCCUCCCUGCCCAGCGACCCAUCGUGUCCCCGGGAGGCACUGUGCUUGCACCUCCCUUUGGUGCUUUCCCUCUGGGUCCAGCACCCCCAGUUUUGAAUGCUGUUGGGGCCGUCACUCCCCGCCUGCCAGCAUACCCUGGGAUGGCUUACCCAACGAUGUUUUACUGGCCAUAUCCAUCGCCACCAGUCUCCCCAAGCUCUCCUUACUAUGGAUCUCCACCACACAUGGCAACUCCUGCCACACCGCCCCACCACACUAUUGUGAACAGGGGCUACAGCGUGAAAGGAGACAGGCCCACAUUGUCUCCACCUGCCCGGGGAUUCGAACCUGGGACUUCCCGGUUGUGAGCCAAGUGCACUAGCCUCUACACCACCAGGCUGCUUCCCUUCUUGUAGACUGUAUUGAAUUGACUUGCAAUCUUUACAGAAUGUUAAAUCAGUCUAUCAUUUUCUACAAACUGUAUUAAUCAGUUUAUCAAUAAAAAAAAAUGCACAUCCUUUUAAUUCUCUGCCAACAAAGUAUACUGGAAAUUCAUUAAACUAAUCAGCUUGCA